UAGAAUCAUAAAAGCCCAACUCAUGAAUUUAUACAGCACUUCCAUUCCCCCCUCCUACUCCAUCUCUACCACAAUGGAGGAAUUUGAGCCAAAUCCCUCUUCCUCCUCUUCCUUCACUCCUUAUACCCAAUCGGGCCUCACCUCCUUAUCGGGUCUGGGAUCAAGCCCGACGAUUUCAGCAGAGGCCAGACACAGCUAUUCGCAGUCAAUGCCACAAGCAAAUGUCACUGCCAGCGAGGCCAAAAAGCGGCGACGGGGAAGUACCGACGGUGACCAUCCGACGUACCGCGGCGUUCGGAUGCGAAAUUGGGGUAAAUGGGUAUCCGAGAUCCGUGAGCCGAAGAAGAAGUCGAGGAUUUGGCUGGGAACAUUUCCGACGGCUGAGAUGGCGGCUCGAGCCCACGAUGUAGCCGCGCUCGCGAUCAAAGGCCAAGCGGCGUUCCUCAAUUUCCCAGAGCUGGCACAUGAUCUCCCGCGCCCCGCCAGUACGUCGCCCAAGGACAUCCAAGCCGCCGCUGCCAGAGCGGCUGCAGCCAGUUUCGAUGAGCCGAGGAACCGUGAAACCGAGUCAAUUUCUCACUCCCCGACUCUCGCUAGUGCGUCGCCGGACGACGCACAAGAAUCUUCCAUUUCCUCAUACACCGACACCGACAACGCGGUUUUUGACCUGCCCGAUCUUUUCCUCGACGCAGGCAAUAUGAUCGGCCUGACUGACGAUUUCUACUACUCCUCGGCGUGGCCGGUGACGAAUGCCGACGUCGGAUUCCGGCUAGAAGAUCCGUUCUUAUGGGACUACUACUAGAAGAAAUGCUCAUUUACACUAACAUGCAAUUCACUACAAUGGGUAUGAGAAAAACACCCCCAAAAAAAACAGGUUUUGAAUAUAACGGUCGAAUUUUCAAAUUGGGGUUGGCUGUUUUUCAUUCAAUAUUCCAAAUCCACAUUAGAUUUUGCAGGGAUUGAGUUUGAAGCGGGCUCAUUGGCAUGCGCAUGGACGGCUAUCCAGCUUAACCUUCACCCAUUUUGUAAUACAAUAAUCUAUGUGAGAACAGUUCACAUGCAUACGAGUGUAUUGAAUGUAAGGCUUGGAUUUUUAUUUGGUAGAGAGUGUUGUGGAUUUCUGUGCA